GUAUGUGAGCAAAUAUAUCUUAUUUUCUACUUUAAAAAAAAUUAUGUAUCAUAAAUAGCUUCGUUACUAUGAAAUAACAUGAUUUGGAGUACUUAAAAUUUAUUAACUAAAUGAUAUACGAUACCAACAAAGUAUAAUAUGAUAUUAGCUAACAAAAUAAAUCAUGUGUAUAAUGAUAUACAAAAUGAAGUACCAAAUAAAAGUUAAGAUUUUAGUAAACAAUCUAGCUCGAGCUCGACUCGGCUCGGCUCGUUAAUAAACGAGCUGAGCUCGAGCUCAACUCGUUUAUUAACGAGCCGAGCUCAAACUGGGGUAAAACUCGACUCGACUCGGCUCAUUUGCAGCCAAGCCAAAGCCCGAGGUAAAAUAAAAACAUAGCAGGAAGUAGGGGUGGUAAACGGUAAUCCGGUAAACGGUUUACCGUUUUACCGAACCGGUGGUAUCGGCAGCCGAGCGGGAAGUUCGGGGAGUCGGUUUACCGGACACGGUAUCGGUAAAUACUGACGGUAAAUCGGUAUUACCGAUACCGAAUCCCCCAUCCCUACUCCCUAGUGCUACGCUGCGUUUUGUUGCUUUACCCCAAAAAUAUAAAAUAUUACAUACAUGAAUGUAAAUAUAGGCCUCAAAAAUAUUGUAAAUAAGAGUUAAUAAUAAAUUAUUAAUUACAAAAAUGAUGAAAAAACUCAAAAAAAUCAAAAUAUUACAUCAUCACCCCACUUUCAGAAAUUCAGUUCGGUAAAUAUUCGGUAAAUCGAUCGAAAAACCGCCCGAAAUAGCUUCUCACGGUAUUUCAGUAAUACCGGUUUGUAACCGUUUACCGGUAAUUCGGUAAUCGGUAAACCGGUUACAAACCGGUAUCGAUAAUCGGUAACCAGUUUGGCCAACUUCGGUAUACCGAAACCAGUAAACGGUAAAUUGUUUACCGACCGAAUCCAACCCCUAUCAGAACUCAGAAAGCAGUAACGUAAAAAAAAAUGUCAAAACCCGAGACAAGGGUUUUAUUGGUUAAUGGUGCUUUGCUGGCUGUUUUCCAUCUCAUUCAUUCCAAUGCCAUGCCCGGCGCUCCAAUCCAGCUAGAUCAUUACAUAGCGGCAUCUCUCCUCUCCUUUCUCUCUGCCGUGAGUUUGGGCUUUUAUUACUGCUCUUUCCCCCCCUCACUCCUUCUUCUUCCUCGGUCUCCUCUGCAUCUUCAUUUUCUUACAGUGGAUAUAAUUUUCUUGAUUUGGUCUCCUCUCUGUUCGCCGACACGUAAAAUGUAUUUUCUUUCUCUGUAUUCUCGUUUUACAGCUUAAUUAAUUCAAUUAUAGAAAAAAGGAAGUUGUUGAUUUGGAAUCUUCUCUCCUCUGAGUCCUCUCCCUUCCAUCACCCACUCUCACCUCCCUGUCUGCCAUUUCUUUAAUGACCGAUGCUAUUCCGCUAGUCCAACCAACUACUGACUCUUCUCCCUCCACCUCCUCAUUCAUUUGCACAGCAGCAAGCAACCCAUUCCCCAAUUUCACCAUUACCCUUCUCUAUCUCUCUCUGUCCUCCUCCUUCUUCCCCGGUGGUUUCCCACCGACAACCGCCAUGCCGCUUCUCUGACCAAUGCAAUCGGCCGCCGACUGCUAAAAUGGCUGGUUUCCAGCUUCUGAUUUUCCUCCUCCCGUUUCUUCACCCGAUUCUCGUCCACUCCACCACUGAUUCCACCGACGUUCAAGCUUUGCAAGUGGUGUACAGCUCAGUCAACAGCGCUUCGCAGCUGACAAACUGGAAGAGCAAUGGCGGAGAUCCGUGUGGGGAGUCAUGGAAGGGGGUCGUUUGCCAGGGAUCAUCUGUUGUUUCACUGGAGCUUUCCGGUUUGGGGCUUAGUGGGUCAAUGGGAUACUUGCUUAAUGACCUUUCCUCUUUGAAAACUUUGGAUCUGAGUAACAAUAACUUCCAUGAUUCAAUCCCUUACCAAUUGCCCCCUAAUCUCACCUCCCUAAAUUUGGCGAGGAACAACUUGUCUGCAAGUCUUCCUUAUUCCAUUUCCACCAUGGCUUCUCUGAGCUACUUGAAUGUAAGCGGUAAUUCACUUUCCCAAGCUGUUGGAGAUAUGUUCUCUAAUCUCCUUCUCCUAACAACCUUGGAUCUUUCUUUCAACAACUUCAGUGGAGAUCUUCCCGCUUCUUUUAGCUCACUAUCCAAUUUAUCUACGUUAAAUGUCCAGAACAAUCAGCUCAAUGGCUCUCUUAAUGUCCUCACCGGUCUGCCUUUGACCACCCUGAAUGUUGCAAAUAACCAUUUCAAUGGCUGGAUCCCUCGUGAGCUUAUUUCAAUCCCAAAUUUUAGAUCUGAGGGAAACUCCUUCAACAAUGGCCCAGCUCCUCCUUCUCCACCUUCCACUUCUCCCCCCGGCAGGCCUCGUAACAAUCGUGGUCGAACACCUGGAUCUCCAUCGUCAGACGGGCAAUCAUCACAGUCAUCAUCUAAGGGAUUGGCAGUGGGUGCAAUUGUAGGGAUUAGUCUAGGUUCUGCCUUUCUCCUUGGCAUUCUGUUAGUUAUAGUGUUUUGCAUCAGGAAGAGUAAAAAGAAAGAAGUUGGCUUCAUUUCAUCUUCCCAUGGGGGAACUCAUCCUGCCACCACGAAUACCAUUCAAAUGGAGAUGAAUGAACAAAGGGUGAAGAACAUGGCUGCUGUUACAGAUGUGAAACCCCCUCCAGCCGAGCAGUCUGUGGUUAACAAGUUACAAGGGAACUCAGGAUCCGUAAAGAGAAUGAAAUCGCCAAUGACUGCUACUCCCUAUUCUGUUGCUACCCUACAAACAUCAACAAAUAGCUUUAGUCAAGAGUUUCUGAUUGGUGAAGGCUCUCUCGGUCGUGUUUACAGGGCAGAGUUUUCCAAUGGAAAGACAAUGGCGGUGAAGAAGAUAGACAAUGCAGCACUAUCUCUACAGGAAGAGGACAACUUUCUUGAAGCUGUCUCGAAUAUGUCACGGUUGAGGCAUCCAAACAUUGUCUCCCUGGUGGGAUACUGUGCUGAGCAUGGACAGCGGCUUUUGGUCUAUGAAUAUAUAGGGAAUGGAAAUCUGCAUGAUAUACUGCAUUUCGCCGAUGAGGAUGGGAAGAAGUUGUCGUGGAAUGCACGAGUGAGAGUAGCACUUGGCACAGCCAGGGCUUUAGAGUACUUGCACGAAGUCUGCUUGCCAUCUGUUGUACAUAGAAACUUCAAAUCAGCAAACAUUUUGCUUGACGAAGAGCUAAAUCCUCACUUGUCCGACUGUGGUUUAGCUGCGUUAAAUCCGAACACAGAGAGACAGGUUUCGACGCAAAUGGUUGGCUCAUUUGGUUACAGCGCUCCUGAGUUCGCCUUGUCAGGAGUGUAUACUGUUAAAAGUGAUGUCUACAGCUUUGGGGUGGCCAUGUUGGAGCUGUUGACUGGUAGAAAGCCACUGGACAGUUCAAGGCCUAGACCGGAGCAAUCACUCGUGAGAUGGGCAACUCCUCAACUGCAUGAUAUCGAUGCACUGGCGAAGAUGGUUGAUCCUACGCUGAACGGCAUGUAUCCUGCCAAGUCACUCUCUCGAUUCGCUGACAUAAUCGCCCUGUGUGUCCAGCCUGAACCCGAAUUCAGGCCACCGAUGUCUGAAGUUGUGCAAGCACUCGUGCGGUUGGUGCAAAGGGCGAGCGUGGUGAAGAGGCGGUCCAGUGAUGAUUCAGGGUUUUCGUACAGGACACCGGACCACGAGGCCAUUGAUCUCUCCUUUUAAGUGUCUGGCUGGCACUGCAAUCUUUUGGAGGUUUUGCUGUUACAAUCUUGGAGGUUUUCCCCAAUCGAGAAAUUCGAGAGUGAGGCAUAUUCUGUAAAUGGACGUUGAUCAAAAUUGUAUUUUUAAGAUCGUCAAUUCGUAUCCUGCAUUUGUAAUCUUCAUAAGGGAUCCCAUAUCUAUAAACCAUGUUCACUGUGUAAUGAAAAUAAGAUUAGUUUCUUUUUCGGCAAUGCAGAAUUGUUUGCAUCUUGAACCCAAGAUAAUAUUGUUUGCAUACUUGAAAACAUAGGAAUGAUCAUAUUCAACAUACCAUAAGCGAAUUAAGUUUGCAUUUGCUGCAGAGCUAUGAGCAGCAAGAUCAAGCAGAAGGGUAAGAAGCCUUUAUGUAAUAGUUAUUAGGCCCAUACGUAGUUAAAGCCCAUGCAGCCCAUACGGGUCAAGGGAUGAUUGUCGAAUGCUUGACACCUAGGGGGCUCGGCCGUUGAUUUAUAGCUGUUCUGCAGCAGCUGUACAACUCAACAAAACAUAUCAUCAUCAGUAAUAUCAGUAGACCUUGCGCUCUGCCGUGGAUUAGUCAUGUAAUUCAUUUUUAGAGACAUCAUGUAAAAUUUCGAUAGUUCAAUUUACAGUUUUCAUUAUUGAAUUGUUAUCAUGGUAUUAGAGCUUCUGAUGAUUAAAUCUUGAAAAGACGCUGGUUCGCCUCACGUCGACGAACUAUUCUCCGUGGAAGUUUCAAUUCUACCCGGAAGACUGUUCACCAACCUGUCGGCGCUGGUGCUACAGAUCAUGACGAUCUCCAUGUGGAACCAAAAUGAUGCCAAGGUUCGUUCGUGGUUGCUGGAUUGUGUUGAUGCAUACACUUGUUUGAGUCUCCAAUUGUUUCCCACCGCCAAUCCUAUGUGGCGGCAUUUGUCUUCAACAUAUCAUAAAUAAAUAAAUGAAUGAAUAAAGAGCUCGUCUAUUAUGCUUCGAAGUAUUGGUGAGUUCAUAUACAAUAUGAACUUUUACUAUAACGCUAAAGGUACGAUUUCAGUUUGUAACAUGAAGGAAUUUGUACAAAAAUGUAUAUGUACAAACUUAACUUGUACCAUAACCUUAAAUAUACAAGUCGAGUUUCUUCCAUAAAGAAAUUUGUACAAAAAUGUGUAAGUACAAACUGAAUUUUUACCCAGCGGCGGAUCCAGAAUAGGGUAGAGCACUGGGCCAAAUUUGAAAAGAGAUGGAGAGGACUAGGUUGUAACCCGACGAGCACUGAAACUAACACCAAUGGAUCCAGGGGAGGGAUAGGCCGAGACCCGGGGGCGGCCCCCUGAAUCCGCCGCUAUUCAUACCAAAACAUUAAACAUACAAGUUCAGUUUGUACCGCAGAUGAAUUCGCACGAAAAUGUAUAAGUACAAACUAAAUGUGGUCUAUGACAUUAAAGGUAUACAUUUAGUUUGUAUCUUUAAUAAACAAAAAAUAUACAAUAAUGUAUGCCAAUGUGUCGGCACUAUGCUAGUUUGAUUUGCUGUAUUUUUAAUCCAAACAUGCCUUAGCAACAUCCUCAUCUUUAAAAACACACAAAGAUUCUUAUUUAGCUUACUUCUAGAGAGAAAAUCUCAAUUAUCUAAACAUAAAUAUGGUUACAAAUGAAUCUACACAUAAUAUAAUACACCGAAGGGAAAAACGGGAGCCCCAUUUCAAAUUUCCUGCAACGAGAGUGAAAGUAGGAAGGACAUUUUGGUCUUCACAAUUACUUUUUUUUAUUCAUUAAAAAGGCAUGUACUGG